AUGUCUCGCGCAGCUUUCGCUUUCAUUUAACAGGAAGAGUCAGCGUUUAAAGCGUGAAGCCUGGUGAAGGAAAAGGACUCAAAAUGUCAGAACCAGAGGAACAAAUGGAAGAUGAAGCUCAAGUCACUCUAUCUGUCCAGUGGUCAGAGGGACGUCAGCCACCGAGGAGUGAUAAAAAACUAGAGCUGGCUCUUCAGUUAUGGGCCAAUAAAAACAAAAUGUAUAGAAACUACUCAGUUUCCAAAGUCUUAGAAGAUGGGAGCGCUGUGAUAAAGAUUAAACCAAGUCCAGCCCUGAGUGAGCUUCAGAAACUUUGUGGACAAACACUUCCUCUCAAAGAUGACAAACCAGUGAAAGUCAUGUAUAUUAUACUGACACCACCAGGGCUGGAAGAGGCAUCUAGUGGCACUGAAUUAAACAGAAAAUCAAGAUACAACACACACAACACUGAGGAACCUGAAGGAGAGGGAGCCACAGCAGGAGACACCAAAGAAGAAGAAAACUGUUCGAUAUGCAUGGACACAUUCAAAAAGAAGAAACAGCUGAAGUGCAAACAUGAGUUUUGUGAGGGAUGUCUGGAACAAUCAAAGAAAAGUUUGGGACCCUGCUGCCCUUUGUGCAAAGAUGUCUUUGGUAAGAUGGAGGGAGACCAGCCAGAUGGAAAAAUGAUCUGGAGAUCAGGUCACACUUCCCUCCCUGGAUACCCACAGUGUGGCUGUAUAGUCAUCAGCUAUUGGAUUCCAGGUGGAAUACAGACGGAAAAGCAUCCGAAUCCUGGAAAGCGCUAUGAUGGCAUCUCCAGAGAAGCAUAUCUGCCGGACAAUAAAGAGGGCAAUGAAGUGCUGCGCCUGUUGCAGAAAGCUUUUGAUCAGAAGCUCAUUUUCACUGUCGGGAUGUCAAGGACAACCGGGAAGGAGAACCAGGUGACUUGGAACAAUAUUCACCACAAAACUUCAAUCUCGGGCGGUCAACAAUGUUUUGGGUAUCCUGAUCCUGGUUACCUGAGCAGAGUCCGAGACGAGCUGAAAGCUAAAGGCAUCGUGUGACGGGGAAAAGUUUGAUUAAACGAAGAAAAGGAAAAAUUAAUGAAGAUAUUACAAUUCUAUAAGUUGGCUGUUUCUAAUCUUCAAAGUGUUCUUAAAAAGUAGAAGAUGAUUUAAGGUGCAGCGGGCCGCAUUUACAGCUUUAAGAGUUUGUGUUGAAGCAAAAUGUUGAAUCUUUCAUUUUAAAUGUUCUUUUCUUCAUGAAGUAUAUCCAUUUAUUGCAGUUGAUUGAUAACGUUUGGUUGAGAUUAUAAUGGUGGAAGAAUACAUGUUGAAUAUAUAGAUUGAACGCGUAAUAUGAUAUCAUGUUUGUCUUUUAAUGAUCAUUAAACAAACCCACACAGA